UGGUUGGUAUUCCAGGUGGUAAUGAGGAACAUGAGUCGACUAUGUUCCACCAAGCCUAUUGUCACUAUUAAUGGGAGGUUUCCAGGACCCACAAUUUAUGCUAGAGAAGAUGAUAGAAUGCUCAUCAAAGUUGUUAAUCAUGUAAAAUAUAAUAUCACUAUCCAUUGGCAUGGUGUCAAACAACUUAGAAGUGGUUGGGCAGAUGGACCGGCAUAUAUCACACAAUGUCCAGUUCAACCAGGGCAAUCCUACGUAUACAAUUUCACAAUUACAGGACAAAGGGGUACACUAUUUUGGCAUGCUCAUAUUUUGUGGCUAAGGGCUACUGUACAUGGUGCAUUUGUUAUCCUGCCUAAACGUGGUGUGCCAUAUCCAUUCCCCAAACCCAACCAUGAAGCUGUGCUUGUUUUAGGUGAAUGGUGGAAAUCUGAUACUGAAGCUGUGAUCAAUGAAGCUCUAAGUUCAGGAUUAGCACCGAAUGUUUCAGAUGCUCACACAAUCAAUGGUUAUCCUGGACCUGUUUCCAAUUGUCCCUCCCAAGGUGGAUACACCUUAAGUGUUGCUCAUGGGAAAACAUACAUGUUACGAGUGAUCAAUGCUGCACUUAAUGAAGAACUUUUCUUCAAAAUUGCUAGCCACAAGAUGACCGUAGUUGAAGUUGACGCCACUUACGUUAAACCUUUCGAAACAGACACAAUUAUAGUUGCCCCUGGGCAGACCACAAAUGUUAUUGUCACUGCUGAUCAAGGUUUCGGAAAAUACAUGGUUGUCGCCUCUACCUUCAUGGACUCUCCCAUAGCCAUAGACAAUGUGACGGUUACCGCCACGCUGCAUUAUUCGGGGACACUAGCAAGUUUCCCAACCACCCUCACUAGGACCCCUCCCCAAAAUGCCACUUCAGUAGCCAACAAUUUUAUCGACUCCCUCAGAAGCCUUAACUCGAAAAAACACCCUGCUAGAGUUCCAAAAAAUGUAGAUCAUUCAUUACUUUUCGCAGUGGGGCUCGGGAUGAAUCCAUGCCAGAGUUGUAUAGUGGGUAAUGGAAGCCGAGUUGUGGCUAGUAUAAACAACGUUACAUUUGUUAUGCCAACUACUGCGCUUCUACAAGCGCAUUUCUUUGGCAUAAAAGGCGUUUUCACAACAGAUUUUCCAGGGAAUCCUCCGUUUGUUUUCAACUAUACAGAUACUGUACCACCAGCAAGCUUGGCCACGACUAAUGGGACAAGACUUUAUCGAUUGCCUUACAAUGCAACGGUUCAAGUAGUUUUGCAGGAUACUGGAAUUAUAGCCCCUGAGAACCAUCCACUCCAUUUGCAUGGUUUCAAUUUCUUUGCAGUAGGUAAAGGAUUAGGGAAUUUCAAUCCCAAAAAGGAUCCAAAGAAGUUUAAUCUUGUUGAUCCUGUUGAAAGGAAUACCAUUGGAGUUCCAUCUGGAGGAUGGGUUGCCAUAAGAUUCCACGCUGACAAUCCUGGAGUAUGGUUUUUGCAUUGCCAUCUAGAGGUACACACAACAUGGGGAUUGAAGAUGGCAUUCCUUGUAGAUAAUGGAAAGGGCCCUAAUGAGUCACUUCUGCCACCUCCAAAGGACCUCCCAAAAUGCUAAAACAAUGGUGAAAUUUGUUAGAUUACAGCAAAAGCUGCAACAUGCAAUGAGGUAAAGAAGAAUAGAGAGUCAACAAGCAGAGUAUUCAUUAUCUUGAUUGAAAAAAGGGGGAAAUUUUUCUCAAGCAAACCUCAAUAAUUAUAUGGAUGUGUUUUAAAAUAUUUUCUUGUCUUAAGUUGUUCAGGGGAGUUUGAGAAAUGGAGUUCCAAAUAUCCAUGGAAAAGGCUUAUUUUAUGUACAGUGCCUUAUCCAUAUUAUGUGGAUAACUUGGAUAACAUUCUUAUCAUGCCAAAGAUUACCCUCUGUGGAAACAUAUCAAUUGGUCGAACCGUCCAUAAUGGAUAGGGAUGUUGUGUGUAAAUCACUAACAUGUUCUUCUGAAUUAUAUGUAUCCGUGAUAUUAAAUUGGAAAAACAGUAGGGAUAUGCAAGAAUUUUACAUAAUCCAUCUUGUAGGUGAGUUUGUGCCUGAAA